AUGGAUUAUAGCUCUCUUUCAAGUUAAAUCACGUCCUCCACCAGUGAAUAAGAUGAUCAAGCUUCUUCUAUCAAUACUUUUGUACCUUUUCAAAUUAACUACUAAACUAUGGAAGAAACUGAAAAAAAAAUUACAGAGGACAAACCAGUAAAAUACAACAGAGAUAAUGCACUAAAUUAUCUUUUAAUUGCUCUCUUAUAUGAAGAAAAUAGAUAGUUCUAAUAAUGUAUCCACAUUAAAAUGCUGUACCAAGAACAUAGAAAUUCAGUAAUAGAUUUUGCAGGGUACACUCCUAAGAUCUAAGCUUUCUUAAGAAAUUUUUAAUUACCUAGAGAUUACUACAAUGACAUAGACAAGAUACUAGUCUUAGUUUCUAUUCUUGAUGCCCUUAUUUGCUCUUUCCAAAAAAAUUACAUAAAUGCAGGAUAUUCUGAUCAAGAUUUCUUGAUAAUUGAUAAGUUUCUUGUGAUGAUGGUGAAGAAAACAUACAUCGAUUAGGAAAUGCUUGGAGAAAAUACAUUCGAUCAAGAAAAAGUUAAUUAAUUUCGCAAUUUACUAAACAUCAUCAAGGAAUCAGCUGCACAUCUACGUGUUUUUGAUUAAAAAUCGUAUCAGGAUAUUUUAUCAUUAAACCCUGAUGAUACAAAGCAAAUAGCAUGCUCCAAGGCAGCUACUAUAUGUCUUUAAAUUUAAAAUCUAAUUGUGACUAGAAUUCUCGAAAAUAGACAAACCUUAAAGUACAUACUAUCGAAGCUAUCUGAUAAUCACUUUAAGAUAGUUUACCUCUAAGUAUUUUCUGGAAUAGUGAUACAGUUCAAUUCAGAAACUGAUAGAAUUUAGCUAAAAGCUUAUGAUACUUGCAAUUCAUAAUAAUUUUAAGGGAAAUCCUUUUAAAUUAAUUGCACACCUGGUUACUAAUAAUCUAAUGGAGAUGCACUUAAUGAACACAAGAUGAUUAUUAGCAAGAUUUAAGAAAAAAUAUGUGCAAUGAAUAAUGAAGUAAUGCUGUUUAGGAAUUAUCUGUUCUAAUGA